UUUCCGCUCUGCGGUAGCGCACGGCAGUGACCUCAUUAAUAUUCAUCGGUAAAAGUGACGACACAGCUGUCGCUUGCGCUCGCUCUCUCGGUAGGGCGCGUGCUUACUUGCGCGCGCGGCGCGUGUGGUAUCAAAGAUGGCGGCGCUGAGAGAGGAGCGGUGUUACGGUCUGUCCUGUGGAGGAGUGAGCGACGGCGGCGCCGUGUCCGUCUUCCACGUUAAGCUCACUGACAGCGCCCUCAGGGCCUUCGAAGGCUACCAGAGCGGAAAGGUCCCAUCAUCUCUACCACUGAUCAAAUUUAAUGGAAACCAAGGGAAGAUCUCUAUACCACGCACAGACAGUCCAAAUGAAGUGCAAAUGUUUACUUUCUACUUGUCAAAUGUGGGAAGAGAUAAUCCCCAAGGCAGCUUUGACUGCAUCCAGCAGUAUAUCACCAGUGAAGGGAGCAUUCAACUGGAUUGUUUGGGUGGAAUCCAGGACAAGAUUACAGUAUGUGCCACAGACGACUCCUACCAGAAGGCCAGGCAAAGCAUGGCCCAAGCUGAGGAGGAGACUCGCAGUAGGAGUGCUAUUGUCAUCAAGCCUGGGGGAAGAUACGUAGGGAAGAAGGUCCAAAUCCGGAAACCGGCACCUGGCCUCUCAGACGUUGCCCCUUUACGAAGAACAUCUCGACCCGUCAUCAUCUCUAGUGGCGUACUGAAAAAGGGAGGGACUCGGCACAAGCCGCUCCGAGGGCGUCUGCUACACCUGCUGGCCCUGAAGCCGUAUAAGAAGCCUGAGCUUAUCCUCAGGUUGCAAAAAGACGGCCUCUCUCAGUCGGACAAGGACUCCCUGGACAGCCUCCUGCAACAGGUCGCAAACCUGAAUGGGAAAGACAACACCUUCACAUUGAAGGACUCUUUGUUUAAGGAGAUUCAGAAGGACUGGCCUGGCUACACUGAAGGAGACCAGCAGCUUCUCAAGAGAAUUCUCUCUAGGAAACUAACCCAGAACACCUCGACUCCACCACCAGAGAGCCCCCCCAAAGAACAGGCCGACAGCUCCCCAUCUCAGAAACGACCUGCUGCUGAGUUCAUUGAUCCUCUUGUCAGUAAAAAACCCAGGAUAUCCCACCUAAUGAGCAAAGUUGCCGCAGGCACUGUUAAUGGGAAGCUGAUCUCCUCCAUCGGCAAGGAGGCGGGUGGAACGCAGGCCGCGGUUACGGGCUCUGUGUCUGACAGUGGAACCACGUCCGGCUCCCAGCAGCUCCCUUUGUUGGACAUCCCUCGUCCUUUUGAUGCACUGUCAGAUGUCAGCAAUGACUCCAGCCACAACGGUCGUGACUGUGACUCUCAGGAAGCAGCUGUGUCCAAGAGGCUCAGCCAGCCGUCCUCCGUGGCCUUGGGGUCAGCAGUGCUCACUGCUUCCAACACGGGCCCAUCCUCGCCUGGAUGCUCAAGCCUAUGUGGCCUUCCGGACAACAGUACUUCUUCCUUGCAUAUCAAGUCAAGAAAGAAGUCAAAAAAACAUAAAGACAAGGGAAAGACCAAGAUAAGGAGGUAGCAAGAGAAAAAAAAGCAAGAGCAGGAAGUCCGUGACAGGCCUGAGCCUCAUCAAAUUUGUGAACUUGGCUCCACUCCGGCAAACCUUAAAAGCAGCAGUGUUCCAGAAAAAAGCACAGACCAAAAUGGAUUGUGCAACACCAGUGUUCCAUCGCCAACACCUCAGGUGUCAGACUAUUUAAUGAAGUACACGGCGAUCAGCUCUCAGGAGCAGCGUCAGAGAUAUAAAAACGACUUCAACGCGGAGUACACGGAGUAUCGGUGUUUGCACGCUCAGAUCGAGGGCGUGACCUGGCAGUUCACUGUGCUCGACAAUGAGCUCAAACAGCUGAAACAAGGCACCGACAAAUAUAAGACUAUCCACAAUCAGAUCAUUAAAGAGUAUCAUCAAAUUAAAAAGGAUAAUCCAAACUACACCAAAGACAAGAACCGCUGUGAAUAUCUACACAACAAACUGGCACAUAUAAAAAGACUUAUUGCUGAAUUUGAUCAACAGCACCUUUGAAAAUAGUGAGACGUUUGCUGUUUAUCGCUAGAAAUCAAGAUCUGCAGCUGAACAAAUUCUCUGCACAUCUUUGUUUGUGCUAUUUAAAAAGAAAAAAAAAAUCAAUUCUCAGUUGCCAAGAUGGGAGUACACUUUGGGUUGGGGCCAGAAGCUCUAAUGAGGACUAAUCAGGACACCCGAUGUCCCUCUUUCUCUCCGUUUUCUUAUUUGUGAUGAGACGAUGUGCGGCAGGUUGCCCGUGUUUUCUAAACAGUCGGUCUUGCCUGCAGCAUGCAGAGGUCUGAAUGAGUCAACAUGCACUUUCUUAGAUCUGUGAAAGAUGAGAAGAGCUGGAAUCUGAAGAUUGGAUGGCAAAAUGCAACUAAUUUUUGUUUUGAGUGAAGAUGAGAAGAGCUGAGUAAGAGUCGUUAGAUGAAGAAAUGAAUAGUGAUUAUCUGAAUUUAGUUCCCUGUUUUUUUGUCCUUCUGAGAUCUGUUUGUUUUAAAUUUGCUCCUCUGUCAGUAGUAAACUGCAUUAAUUCCCCCCCCCCUUUUUCUUUUUGAAAGUCAUUUUGUUAUACAGAAGCUGCCUCGGCUAAUUAUCUCACGUUUAGAGCUCUUUUCUCUUUGAGAUGCAUUUUGCUGUUGAUGAAAUUAAAACUAAGUGCAGACUGAUACGGGCCGAUGUGACGCCACCCCCCGCGUCGUGCUA